GGCCGGGGCCGGGCGGGGCGGAGCCAGGCCUGGCCGGAGCGGGAGUGACGCCGGUCCGAAGCCCGUCCCCGCCGGGCCCCGCCCCGGCCCGCCCCUCCCCUCUCCUGGGCUGUCUUCCCGCCCCCUCCCCUGCGCUCCCCGUGCUGGAGAACGCUCAGCCCGGUGGAUACCUCGCUGGUUCCAUUGAGAAAAUCGAAGCGGAGCGGGCGGCGAGCGGCCGGAGCCGGGCUCUCUCUGCCCGCCGCGAGCUCAGCGCACGCCAGCCCGAGCCGCCGCCGCCGCCUGCGAGCCCGCCUGGCUUGCCCGGCCGGCCGGCCGCAGCCACAGCUCGCCCUGCUCCGCCGAGCCAGGCAGGGGGGGGCAUCCCCCCCUCGCCUCCCGCCUCCCGCGGCGCUCUGCGGCUCCGCAGCCUCCGGGCCGAGAUUGGGGGGCGGGGGGAGGGGGGCGGGGGCGCCGCGGGGGCCGCCGCCAGCCGAGGCCGGCGGCGAGGGAGCUCCCCGGGCGCAGGGAGUGCGCGGCGGGCAUGAGAGGCUGCGGCCGCCGCCGCCUGCGUCUCCGGAGCCCGUCCCCGACCUGCGGCCGGCCGAGCAGUUAGAGGGAGGAAGGGAGCCCACCGCUGGAGAGAUGUCCAGGAGAAAACAGAGCAACCCCCGGCAGAUCAAACGUUCUCUUGGUGACAUGGAGGAAGGAGAAGACAAUCAGGCCGAGGAUGCCAGUCAAUCAGAGAGAGAGGGAGGAGCUUCAGAUCCCGAAGCCUCCGGAGAAUGUGACCCUGGGAGCCCUCCUUGCAGUGAAGGAGACAUUCAGGAAAGCCCAGAGGGCCCCAAGGAGCCGGAGGAGCAGGAGCCUGACUGCGGCCCAGGAGAGGCGAGCCCGUGGAAUGGGCCAGAUGAGCUGGAAUUGAUCUCACAGGAUGGCGAAAGCAAAGUUCGUGCCAAGCGGAAGCUCCCUGAGGGAAUUUCCUGGGGUCCAUUCAGUGGAAACAUUCAGAGUGAAGGCUCCUCCCCCGGGCACGCAGACACGAGCCCGCCCCUGACCCUGCUGGUGGGAGAGGAGCACCGCUGGCUGACGAAGCUCCCCCGGGCCUCCAGCGAGCCAGAUGCCAACGCGGUGAUCUUCAGGAAGGGUGGGUAUCAUGUGCAGUCCUUGGGCCGGGAGGGGCCUGGUUUGGGUUUUGGGCCCCCGCCCGGCCCAAGCCCUCCCGCCCGGCCCCAGCACAUGGCCCUGCACGGCCCCCUGCCCGCCCCAGACUCCGGCCAGGCCCCGGGCCCUGGGCCCCUCCAGACGGCCAAGAGGCCCCCUGAGGGGAAGGGGGCGAGGCUACCCCCGGAGAGCUCUCCUCCCCCUUCCGGGCCCCGGGGGCGCCGCCCUGAAGAUCAAAGAGGAAAGGGGGCCGGGGGGCCAGGCCGAUCCGAGGGGGCCAAGGGCCGGGCCGAGGCAGGUGGCAGCCCCAGGUCGGAGCCCGAGUCCUCCUCGCGGGCAUCCUCCCCCAACCUGGCCAAAGCUGGGGACGCCUGGGCCCCCGCCCGGGCCCCCGCCCCCUCUGCCUGGCAAGGCCCCCGCCUCCCGCCUCCCCGCCCCAGCCCGGACACCGACGGCCCCAUUGACCUGAGCAAGAAGCCGCGGCUGCAGCGGGCCGAGGGGGGUCCCACAGCCCACCCCGCCCCGCCCCUCUGCUCCCCUGACUGCACAGAGGCCGGCCCCACCAGCUCACAGCCGGGCCCCUCCCGGGCACGCCCCCGCCCCCUGCAGCAAGCCCUGGAGCAGCUGCACAAGAUUCAGGGCCUGGCCAAGCCGCGCCUGGGUGCCGAGGGUCCCCCGGGGGGGGGAAGGGCGGAGGGAGGCGUGGGGAAGGUGGGAAAAGGCGCGCUCCAAGACCGGCCUGCCAGCCCCACCGGGGGCGCCUGCUCCCGGCCCCGGCCCCACACCUCCCGGGGGAAGCCCCCGCCCGUGGUGUGCCCUGCCCCUCCAAAGGGCCCAUCAAAGGCACGUUCACUUCCCCGCCCGCCCAGGCCUGGGUUUGGGCCGGUGGCAGGACACAUUCUGGCUGAGGCCCCUGCCCCCCACACCCGGACGCCGGCCGUGGCCGGCUGUGGGGCCGAGAACAGCCUCCCGGCGCCCCUCUCGCUGCCCCCCGUGACAGCCUCCUCCGCCUCCUCUGCCUCCUCCUCCUCCUCCUCCUCUUCCUCCUCUUCCUCCUCAGCUUCCUCUUCCUCCUCUUCCCCACAGCCAGGCCCCAGGCUUCCUCGGGACAGCUUCAACGGCCAUGAGCUCAAGGAGCCCCCGGCCCCAGCUAACGGCAGCCCCCUGCCCACCGGCUCUCCCCGGCCCGGCCUGCCCCUGUCCCCAGCCACGGCCCCGGCCCUCACCCUCUCGCCAGUGCCUGAAGCUCUGCUCCAGCCUCCCACCCCACCCAUGUACACAGACAAGGGGGUCCAGACCCCCAGCAAAGUUGCCCCUGCCACCGUCCCCAACGGCAACCAAAGAUACGUCCCCAACAUCAAUUCAGCACCUUCCAGAUGA